AUGUUUGUUGUUCAAAGUGGUGUGGUAAAGUUCAAGCUAUUUACCCGAAGUUUUCAUAGUUUUUCGCGUUUUUAUAGCAUUGCAAACAGUCACAAAGUUGUAGGAUCUAAAUUGCCAUUAUGUGGCGCAUAUGUUCAACGUACUGCGGCCGUGUGGUCACCAGGCACGAGCGGUCUUCUCAGCGGUUCUUCGACGGUAAACAACAACAAUCACAACAUUGUGCAAACGCGAUGGAAUUCCACCGAUGAACAAUCUUCCCGGCAACGGAUUCGCAAACCUCUAACGCUGAUGGAUUUCCCGCAACUGGUGUGGCCGUCGGUGAUAAAAACCAUCCGCAACUGGAUAAUGGUUCACUUUAUUAUCAGACCGUACUUUGACCGUGAGUUUGCUCUUCCCGAUUUCAUCCAGGGAGCGAAACAAGCACUGCAGGUGGUAUCCUCAUCGCUUGCCGGAGGAGAGGUAAAACAACUAGAAGGACUGGUUGACCGAACCGCGAUAAAUGACCUAAAGCAGUCGAUUGCUAAAAUGUCCGUAGCCGAACGAUAUGACAUACAAGUGGACAAGGAAGAUGUGUAUUUCUCGUUUCCCUACCAAGUUGGCGUCAUGUUUGAUGAAUCGAACGAUGACAGUCAGAAACGGUUCGUCGAAAUUACGAUGGUUUUUCACGUGCUCAGAGGUCUUAAAGGGAUGAUUGAACGUGGUGAAUCAGUUCCGCUGAACGUUGGCGUUCUUCCUGAGUUCCGGGACAAAAUAAGCAUCUGCAACUAUCGUUUUAUCAAGGAAUUUACCAAAGGCGUCGACUCGGACUGGACUGUGAAUGUAGUGAACCAUUUCAAGCCAAGUGACUACGUCGAAGAAUGACCGUACCGAUCGGUUAAUGUACAACAACAAGCACCUCAACCAGGAAUUCGAUGGGAACCAGCGCCGCAAAUACGUCCUGUAUGUAGAAACAAUAAAGAACAAGAAGAAGUUUUUGUCCCCUCUGAGGAUGAUUAGUGAAGCAAAAAAAUGUGACAAGUGGCUAUUCUAGUAUCAUCUCCGAUAAGAAACUGAAGACAAUAUUGUGAUAACGCUGCAAACGAGUUGUUCAGCAAAAUGUUAAACUGGCCCAAUCCAGCUUCGUAACAUGUAAAGUGAUUGAAUAUUGCUAGUGAAAUGCCGUUUAUCUACCAUUGAACCAAACCAAUUUCGUGUUGAAUAAUUUUGACGAAAACUUAUCUGUGUGACCUAGAACAGUCACACAGUUCAUCAAACCCAUUCGAGAGCAGAGCAAUACAUAGUUACUCUUAUCAAACGCUACCCAAGUCCAAGGACUGCUCUUUGAAGGCAGUAGAAACGGACCACGA